AUGCGUUUGAACGCACCACCGCAAAGCACUGUGGGAUUUUACGCCGGUGUAAGCUUCUCGAAGGAACUGCAAAGAUGAUGCCCACUCCGGUUAUCCUGCUAAAGGAAGGGACAGACACGUCCCAGGGAAUCCCGCAGCUCAUCAGCAACAUCAAUGCCUGCCAGGUUAUAUCCGAGGCUGUCCGGACUACUUUGGGGCCCAGAGGGAUGGACAAACUCAUGGUAGACAACAGAGGUAAGGCCACCAUUUCCAAUGACGGCGCUACCAUCCUGAAGCUGCUGGAUGUGGUCCACCCGGCUGCCAAGACCCUGGUGGACAUUGCCCGGUCUCAGGAUGCCGAGGUAGGUGAUGGCACCACGUCGGUCACGCUGCUGGCGGCGGAGUUCCUGAAGCAGCUAAAACCGUACGUGGAGGAAGGGCUCCACCCUCAGACCAUCAUCCGAGCGUUCCGCACCGCCACCAAUCUGGCUGUCGCAAAGAUCAAGGAGAUCGCCGUGCCUGUCAAAAAGGAGGACAAACAAGAGCAGAGGCAGUUGCUGGAAAAGUGUGCCGCCACAGCACUUAACUCCAAGCUGAUUGCUGGUCAGAAGGAGUUCUUUUCCAAGAUGGUGGUGGAUGCCGUCACGUUACUGGACGAGCUGCUGUCUCUUAAGAUGAUCGGCAUCAAGAAGAUCCAAGGAGGCGGUCUUGAGGAUUCCCAGUUGAUUGCCGGGGUGGCCUUCAAAAAGACCUUCUCCUACGCCGGCUUCGAGAUGCAGCCCAAGCGAUACGAGAAUCCAAAGAUCGCGCUGCUCAACGUGGAGUUGGAGCUGAAAGCCGAGAAGGACAACGCCGAAGUUCGAGUGAAAUCCGUGGAGGAUUAUCAAGCCAUCGUAGACGCGGAGUGGAACAUCCUUUACGACAAGCUGGAGAAGAUCUACAAGUCGGGAGCCAAAGUUGUUCUUUCUAAACUGCCCAUCGGCGAUGUCGCCACUCAGUAUUUUGCGGAUAGAGAUUUGUUCUGUGCCGGGAGGGUCCAGGAGGAAGACCUUAAGAGAACCAUGAUGGCCUGCGGGGGGUCCAUCCAAACUUCAGUUGGUAAUUUAACAGACGACGUCCUGGGUCAGUGCGAGCUCUUCGAGGAGGUCCAGAUUGGGAGAGAGAGGUUCAACUUGUUCACGGGUUGCCCCAAAGCUAAGACGUGUACCAUCAUUCUACGAGGCGGGGCGGAGCAAUUUACAGAGGAGGCGGAGCGUUCGCUGCACGACGCCAUCAUGAUCGUGCGAAGGGCCAUCAAGAAUGACUCGGUGGUCGCAGGCGGAGGAGCUGUGGAGAUGGAGCUGUCCAAGUACCUGCGGGAUUAUUCCAGAACCAUCCCGGGAAAGCAGCAGCUGUUGAUCGGCGCCUACGCCAAAGCCCUGGAGAUCAUCCCCAGACAGCUGUGCGACAACGCCGGAUUCGACGCCACGAAUAUCCUCAACAAGCUUCGCGCUAAACACGCUCAGGGUGGCAUGUGGUACGGCGUGGACAUCAACAACGAGGACAUCGCCGACAACUUCGCCGCUUGCGUAUGGGAGCCGGCGAUCGUUCGGAUCAACGCGCUGACCGCCGCCUCUGAGGCGGCCUGCCUCAUCCUGUCCGUCGACGAGACCAUCAAGAAUCCGCGCAGUACAGUCGACGGACCGCCGGGCGGAGCGAGGGGCAGAGGCCGCGGACGACCCCACGCUCACUAA